UGUAGGCAUAUGAAAAUGAUGAUGGAUAAUAUCUCGAUGAUAACAGUGUUUAGUCUUUCUGGGUUGAAUGAGAUCGCAACCUAUAGAGUGGUUCUCUUUUCCUCCACCUUGCUUUAUUAUUGCUUGAUACUAACCAUCAACUGCUCUCUGAUUCUCACAAUUGUCCUGGACAAAAGCCUUCAUGAGCCCAUGUACAUUCUGUUGUGUUCCCUCUGCAUUAACGGGAUUUAUGGCACCACAGGCUUCUACCCCAAAUUCCUCCUGGACCUGCUGUCUUCGUCUCACGUAAUCUCUUACAACGGGUGUCUCGUGCAGGCCUUUGUGAUGUUUUCAUUUGCAUGCAGCGACCUGUCCAUUCUCACCGUCAUGGCCUACGAUAGAUACCUGGCCAUUUGUCGACCCCUGCACUACCACAGAUUUAUGAACAAGCUCAGGUUGUCCCUGCUGGUCUGCUUCUCCUGGUUGACCCCCUUCAGCAUUCACGCUGUCCUCAUCACCCUUACGUCCAGGCUCACGCUGUGCAGCGACAAGAUCCAGCGGCUGUACUGCGUGAACUGGGUCAUCGUGUUGCAGGCGUGCCCGUCGAACAACACCACAGUGCACAGCAUCUUGGCGUACCUCACCAUACUGGUGUACGUUUUCCACGGGCUGCUGAUCGUCUUAUCCUACAUGUACCUGGUGAGGACGUGUCGGGGCUCCAUGGAGAACAGGAAGAAGUUCAUGCAGACCUGUGUGCCCCAUCUUACCUGCCUGCUCACCUUCCUGUCCACCAUCGUCUUUGAUGUCAUGUACAUGCGCUUCGGCUCCAAAAACAUUGUUACGUCGCUCCAGAACUUCAUCGCCAUAGAGUUUCUGAUCAUACCCCCGAUCAUGAACCCCCUCAUAUAUGGAUUCAAACUGACCAAAGUACGCAACAAGAUUCUGUUUUAUUUAAAUAUUAAUAGGAAGUAUUCACAAUAG